GUUUUCAGAAUUAUUCUUCCAGUCAGUAUACUCCAGGCAUUGGUCGGAAGAGCUUCCCAAAAUUUACUACAAUCUGUUUUUUUUUAAUUGUUUCGCGUACCUAAAAUUUUUGCAAGUGAAAAUGUUAUUUGAAUUUUUGAUUUACGCAGUCCUAGGGCUGUUAGUGUACUAUAUCUAUCAGUUUGGGACUAAAAAUGAAAAUUUCUUUUUGGAAAGAGGAUUAAAGUUUCGUAAACCAGUGUUCCUUUUCGGAAAUAACUUCCCAGUUGUCAGCUUGAAGAACAAUCUGUUUGAUCUUAUGAGAGGAAUAUGCCGAGAUUUUCCUAAAGAAAAAUUAAUUGGCUAUUACGACUUCCGUACACCUUUUGUUGUGGUUCUUGAUCCAGAAAUUUUAAAGCAACUGACUAUCAAAGAGUUUGAAAAUUUUACCGAUCAUGUGCCAAUUCUAUCAGAAGAUUCUGAUCCUCUGUUUGGGAAUGCACUCUUUUCUCUAAGAGGGCACAAAUGGAAGGAUAUGAGAGCUACCCUUAGUCCAGCAUUUACUGGAAGCAAGAUGCGUUUAAUGUGUGACCUUAUGGUGGAAAUUUGUGAGCAAAUGGUAAUAUAUCUGAAAGAUGACGUUGCUAAAAAUGGUCUUCAAAUUCACGAAGCCAAGAAACUGAUUUCAAGAUUAGCCAUUGAUAUAAUUGGGACCUGCGCUUUUGGUGUUAAAGUCGACUCUUUAAAAGACAAGGAAAAUGAGUUUUAUGUAACUGCGAGUAAUCUUAUAAAUUUAAGUGGAUUAUCGCUUCAGAUAAAACUUGCAGGCUAUAGAAUGUUCCCUAAGAUCAUGAAACGUCUAAAAAUACCACUUUUUCCGGAAGGUAGUAGGAAUUUUAUGAAAACUCUUAUUCUUAACACAAUAAGGACAAGAGAAGAAAAAAACAUUAAGCGUCCUGAUAUGAUUAAUCUUCUGAUGGAUGCACAGAAAGGCGAUCUAAUCUAUAACGCUGCAGAAACGGAUUCAGCCUCUGCCGGAUUUGCAACAGUUGAAGAAUCUGAAAUUGGACGAACAACAAUGAUAAAGAGAUCCUGGACCGAUGAUGAAUUGGUUGCUCAGUGUUUCAUCUUCUUUUUGGCUGGAUUUGAAGGGUUAUCAAACAUAACCAGCUUUGUCAUCUACGAAAUCAUGGUCAAUAAGGAUGUUCAAGACAAACUUUAUAAAGAAGUUUCAAGAAUAGAAAAAGAUCUCGAUGGGAAAUCGUUGAAAUAUGAUACACUUCAACAACUAAAAUAUCUGGACAUGGUGGUUUCUGAGGUACUAAGGAAGUGGGGUGGUCCCUUUGUUGACCGUAUAUGUACUAAAGACUUUACGUUAAAGUACGAUGGAAACAAAGAAUAUACCUUCUAUAAGGGUGAAUCAUUUGUGAUUCCAAUAACCGUUUAUCAUCAUAAUCCGGAAUUUUUCCCAAAUCCGGAGAAAUUUGAUCCUGAAAGAUUCAGUGAUGAGAAAAAUGGAUCUAUUAAUUCUUCGACAUAUAUCCCAUUCGGAAUUGGACCCAGGAACUGCAUUGGUUCUCGAUUUGCAUUAAUGGAGAUUAAGGCUAUCGUCUACUACUUGGUACUGAAUUUCCACAUUGAACAAACGGAUAAGACUCAGAUCCCAAUUCGGUUGGCAAAUACUUUCGCUGGACUAAUGUCUGAAAAAGGAGUACAUGUGCAAUUUCGUCCAAGAUAUUAGGAAUGCCAACUAAAAUUUUCUUGAAUUCUUAAGUUUGAAUCGGUUACGUCAGGUUAACAUGUACGGAUUAAUUUCGAUAAUAAAUUUCUACCCGAAA